AUGGAUGAUCCUGUGCUUCUGUCAGCAGUGGAAGAGCUGAAGGUUCUUUGCUCCAAGCAUAAUGUUGCUGAAUCACAUGGCUUUGGACACGCGAUUCGUGUGCUCGAACAUGUCCACCAGGCCUUAUCCUUCGCCACUGGUAUUGGGGCAGCGCGUAAGCAGGCAGUUAGAUUGGCUGCCUUGCUCCACGAUGCUGAUGACAGAAAAGUGUUUCCAGACAAAAAGGAGGUGAAGAAUGCCCAACAAAUCAUGGAGAAUGCUGGCGCAGAAUGGGUUGUGAUCCGAGAUGCAAUGCGAAUGAUCGAGCUAGUGUCAUGCUCAGCAAACGGCAAUUCAGUGCCUGACGAUGCCGUGAAAGAGCCAGAACUGCUGUGGCCACGCUGGGCAGACCGUUUAGAGGCAACUGGCGAGAUUGGCAUCAUACGCUGCUGGCAGUUCAAUUGCGAGGUUGGGGCUCCAUUGAUGCUGGCAGAUACACCUCGCCCAAAAUCUGAGGAAGAAGUUUGGGCCUUCGCUACACAUGAACGCUUUGACAGGUAUCAGGCAUUUGGCAUCUCCAAUUCUAUGUUAGAUCACUACUAUGACAAGCUUCUUCGGGUGGCUUGUCCUCCUCUGCACGUUGUUCAAAAUAGCUACCUCGAGGAGGAAAUGAUGCACAGGGCGCAGCCAUUGGUCAAAGUUUGCUUGGACUAUGGUCUGACUGGCUUGCUGCCAUUGAAUGAAGAGAUCAUCAGUGAAAUGAAGAUGCGCAUCAAGCUGUAA